AUGGACUUGCCAGACGCCUUUGUCAUCUUGCACUAUCCUUUCGUCCUUCCCCUAGCUGUUUUAUUGCCUGCUCUAAUCUACUGCUUGGGCUUGACUAGAAGAAAAGACUUGUCUGCACUUGCUAACAAUGUCCAAAUCACCAAGUCCAAGGAUGUCAAGAGAUCGAGAUCAAACAUCAGGGAUCCCAAACCAACACAAUGGUACCGAAACAUGUUUUUCAAGCUUCAGCAUCUUGAAGACCACCCAGAAAUACUCGAGCCGGCGCGGGAUGAGCUCUUGGCCAUGUUCUCUCAGGGGCUUAUGCUCGCUCUGAAGGAGCCACGAGACAGCAUCCUCCGCAUCGAACAGUACAAUGCCAAGAGUGUAUGGAGUUUCCUCGAGGACGAGCGUAUACGCAUUCUCGAUGAGUGGGCUAGUUAUCUGGAGCGACGGAGGCAGGGACAAGGUCCUGAGCUUUUUGGAACUGCUGAGGCCGCCAAAGCAUGGCUGGUGCAGCAAGCGCCCGUCAAGUUUGUUGAUGGCGCCUGGCUUGGUCAUGUACACAAAAUCACGACUCCCUUUGCCCUUCGUGGUGUCACAAAAGAUGCCUGGCAGGUCCUAUCGGAAGAGCUCGGCGACGGCGAUCUGUCCAAGCACCACGUCCACCUCUACCGCAAGCUUCUGGAGGAUGUUGGAUGCCCUCUGCCGGAGGGCCACAGUGCCGACUUUAUCAAUUUCUGCGACUGGGACGGAAUGGACAAUGGCGGCGCCUGGGAGGCAGCAGUGGCCCAGCUUCUCAUCUCGCUGUUCCCCAAUGAGUUCCUCCCUGAGAUUCUCGGUUAUAAUAUGCAAUUCGAGAUGGUCACGUUGAACACCAUGCAAGCAGCUCAUGAGCUCAAGGACCUUGGCAUUGACCCUUACUACUUCCUCAUCCACAUUGCUAUAGACAAUGCUGAUUCCGGGCACACGGCUAUGGCCACGCACGCUGUUACACGGUACCUGGAAAUGGUUCGCGCGACCGAGGGCGAGACGGCCUCGGAGCAGGCAUGGAAGCGUGUCCAGGUCGGAUUCAUUUUGUCCCAGACACAGGGGGAUCAUUCUUGUAAACGAGAAAGCCCCGGUGCUUCAAUGAUGACGAUGGCGGCAUCGGGCCUGACGCGGCCCAGCACCUCGAACGUACUGCUUGACCCUCUUAGCACUGAGGUGACAGGUAUCUUUAGAGCAAAGGCAUUGGUAUCGCAGCAGUUCCACUGUCAAAGUAGGGUUCGCAUCGGGGCACAUACUCUCUCCGGGUGGUUGGACCCGAACAAGUGGAAACACCCGAAUCUCCAGCACCAACUGGAACUCCUGGAUGCCCUCAGCCGUACCAAGCCUUGGAUUAUCCCCGGGGCGAGCAACAAGAGCCUACUUGUACGGGAGCUCUCGUGGGGAGGGCGCAUGUUUGGCGCUUUCACUCACAACGAGGUGGCUACUCUUUGUUCCUGGAUCGACGCCUUGGGCCCGGAAAACAGAGCUUCGGUAUAUUGGAGAUUCACCCGUAGAAAGCCACUGGCCACAAGGAACGCCGUGGCAGAGCUUCGAGACCCGGUUUGCCAUCAUCCGUUUGUGUUUCCCGCCGGCAGCCACGCGGUGGCUACAGCAGAGAUGGCAUCUCAGGAGGUUGACUUCCACAUUGAGCCCUGGAAAACCCAGCAGCCUUUGAACUCACCUUCGGUCGACCGACUGCCAGACAUAAUCGCCCUUUGGUUCGCGCACAUCAGCCUUUUAGAAAACACCAUCAAUGUACCCUCCCGGACCGCCUGCCCGCUCCAUGCCAGUAUACUGCGCCUCCUCCGAGCCCAAGCUGGCUUUGAGGCGGAAACCGCUGUCGUCGCCGGUAUGGACGAACUGAGACGGCACUCGCACACCAGCCUGAUAGAUGUCGGUCUAGAGUUGGUCCACCAGGUCGACCAAUCCGCCAAUGCCACACCUGCGUCUUUACAAGACGUCUUUUCCCUGGCGGCUAGCCAAGGCCAGGGUGACGAAAGUGCCAGAUUGGCAAACGACCUGCUGCGGUGGAGUGUGCGGCCCGUUGCGAAUCUCGGCCUGCUGUUGGGUCUAGCCCUGGCCUUUCUGGAGUUCAAGAAGGCCAUUGCGAGAGCGCCCGAGCUGCUGGGCCGGGAAACUCGUCUCGCGUUGGAGGCUAUUGUGGCAAGAGAAAAGACCAGUCUAGAGGACUGUGCGCAGGAGCUGCGAAAUACGGAUAUGGGACAGUACAAAAACCUAGAGAGGGGAUUCCGGAUCGGUAUGACUUCUUUACAAAAGUGCCUGUAA